AAGAGGGCGCCACCCCCCCACUGUAAAACAGGUGGAGGGGUUUCCCCUGGACAAGGUAAGCAUCUCUCCUUGCGCUCAACAGCAGGGGCGCCCAACAACAGGGGUGCCAAAGAAUGAAGCGAGAAAAAAGCCGGAGGCUGACAUUUUCUCCAGGGUGUCCGCCGCAGGGAACCCAACGCUGAGAGUCCCGGGCUUUGGACAGACAGACCACUGAGGCUUGUUGUGCAGACAAAAUCAGCAGCCUGAUCCAAGUGCAACAACUCUAAAGGACCGAGGAGAGCUCCCCGCCUGAAUCCCAUCUGACAGCAAGAAGGGCUCUGGUCAGCCUGAAGUGACGGGUCAUUGAGCUCAGACAAUCUCCUUCCAUCGACUCACAGUUAUACACACAUAGGGCAAAGUCACACGCACAGACACGUCCACACAGCCACACAUAUACAUUCACAUUUACAUGCACAGACUGUAGUUUACACACACAAACACUCAUCCAGCACAGACACGCAUUCACACACAGGCCCUCUGAGCAGGAUGAGGGAACCCUGGAGGUGCCUGCUGGGCCUGUGCCUCUUGGCAUGCUCAGCCUCCACCCACAGUGCCACCAAUCCCUUUGCGGGACAGCAGACCCCUCUGGACCCUUGCUAUGACGACACAGGUGCAGCCCGCCGCUGUAUCCCCGAGUUCAUCAACGCUGCCUUUGGUAAGGAGGUGAUGGUGUCCAGUGUCUGUGGCCGGCCUCCGUCCCGAUCCUGUAGUGUGGUGGAGCGAGGUGACGAUCGGCCUUCUGUGCGCACAUGCCAAAUCUGUGAUGCAGCUGACCCUCGCCGUGCCCACCCUGCUUCCUACCUCACUGACCUCAACUCAGCCCACAACCUCACCUGCUGGCAGUCAGAGAAUCUGAACACCUCACCACACAAUGUAACUCUAACCCUUUCGCUAGGUAAAAAAUUUGAGAUCACCUAUGUCAGCCUGCAGUUCUGUUCACCACGACCUGAGUCCCUGGCCAUAUACAAGAGCAUGGACUAUGGCAAGACCUGGAUGCCCUACCAGUUCUACUCCUCACAGUGCCGCCGUAUGUACAAUCGGCCCAACAAAGCAACCAUUACCAAGCAGAAUGAACAGGAGGCUCUAUGCACAGAUGGCCACACUGACCUCUACCCGCUUUCUGGGGGGCUCAUCGCAUUCAGCACUCUGGAUGGACGACCCUCUGCCAAAGACUUUGACAACAGUCCGGUCCUUCAGGACUGGGUGACUGUCACUGAUAUUCGUGUGGUCUUUAGCCGACCUCAGCUGCCCCGGGAGCUUGCAAUGGGGGCUGGAGGCAACAGCGGCGGGAGAGACGAUGACCCCACGGCAGUGACAUCAACACUGCCAACUUAUUUCUAUGCAGUGGGAGACUUCCAGGUGGGCGGGAGGUGUAAAUGCAACGGACACGGCUCACGCUGUCUGAAAGACAAGGAAGGCAAACUGGUCUGUGACUGCAAGCACAACACAGAGGGUCCUGAAUGUGACCGCUGCAAGCCCUUUCACUAUGACCGGCCAUGGCAGAGGGCCAAUGCCCGUGAGGCCAAUGAGUGUCUGCCAUGUAACUGCAACCUCCACGCCCGUCGCUGUCGCUUCAACAUGGAGUUGUAUAAGCUGUCUGGGAGGAAGAGCGGAGGCGUCUGCAUGAACUGCCGCCACAACACUGCAGGCCGCCACUGCCAUUACUGCAAGGAAGGCUUUUACAGAGACAUGGCCAGGCCGAUCACUCACAGACGAGCUUGCAAAGCUUGUGACUGCCACCCAGUGGGAGCAGCAGGCAAGACGUGCAACCAGACUACAGGCCAGUGCCCCUGCAAGGAUGGUGUCACUGGCAUCACCUGCAACCGCUGCGCCAAGGGCUACCAGCAGAGCCGCUCACCUGUGGCCCCCUGCAUCAAAAUCCCAGUGGUCAACCCCACAGCUGUGGUGAGCAGCACAGAGGAACCAGCAGAUUGUGAGUCAUAUUGCAAACCAGUUAAGGGCAACCUGAAGAUCAACAUGAAGAAAUAUUGCAAGAAGGAUUAUGCGGUCCAAGUGAACGUGCUGGACAUGGAGACAGUGGGGGACUGGGCUAAGUUUUCGGUUAAUGUGGUGUCUGUGUACAAGAGCCGCGGCGAGCCUUUGAAGAGAGGCGACAACAUCCUGUGGGUGCACAUGAAGGAUCUAGCCUGCAAAUGUCCCAAGAUCCAGAUGAGCAAACGAUUCUUGGUAAUGGGCGGCAGCGACGGUGGGACGGGCACAGGGGCGGGGCCGGGGGUUGGGCCUGGAGCGGGAACCACCGGUCCAGGGGCAGAGCGCGUGGGCCUAGUGGCUGAUAAGAACAGCUUGGUGAUCCAGUGGAGGGACGUUUGGACGAGACGCCUGAGGAAGUUCCAGCGCAAAGAGAAGAAGGGGAAGUGCAGCAAAGCGUGAUGGGAAAGCAGCCCUACCUCUCCCUCCAUCACCCACCUUCGCUGACUCUUACCCAGUCAUCUCCUUCUCCUUCCCCCUGCAUCCUUUGUCUUCCCCCAUCAUGGGAACACUGCACAUUAGAAAGACUGCAUGUACCCUACCUGUUUUAAGGACCACAUUUUGUGUAUAUUGUAUAAUUAUUUUCCUUUUUAUUUUUCAAAUUUGUCUUUAUGUCAGUUGUCUUUUUUGUCCAAUUGGUUUGCCUUAAAAAGGGACCAUUAAAAAGGGUAUAAAUUGUAGACAAAAACAGACACCAUUCCCUCCCUUCAACGACGACAGCAGAAAUGUCCACUCAUCCUCGAACUGCGACCCCCCCCCCCCCAUCAUCAAGACUGACCAUUUCCUGCCACUUUGUUUGACAUAUAAGAACACCAGUGCUCACACUUCACAUACGUAUAUGAGGAUUUUAUUCAGUGUUUGUCACUCCGGAGAGACUGACUGAUUUCAGCAACAAGACAAGCUGCUUAUCCUCAGCUUGGCCUCUUCCUCACAUUUCAUUUUUGAAACAAACUCAACAUUGAUCAGCAUGAGCUGUACCAUCUGACAACCUUUCAACAUUUGCUGAUAAAAUGUUCAUAAAUAAAUGGGCCUACUUGCUUCAGGUCUCUGCAGUAACUUCUACAGACAGUAAUUAAAAACUCUUGUCCUGUGAGGAACCAAGGGCUCCCUUUGCAGGGACAUUUUCCACAGCAAACCUCAGUCUCACCACCACUGCUGCUGCCACCAGACAGCCCUCACAGAAUGAACUGCUCAUGUAGGCUGUUAUAUCUGCAAGUAUUUGAUGCCACUGCUCAUAGUAGGGUUUAUAUGCUUUGUGUGGCUACGUUUUAUCUCAUUCAUCCAUAUCCCACCCAUAUCCUUAUUUGAGAUGGAUCUUGUUGUUUCAUUUUAGGCAAAAGAAACCCUUUUAGCAUGUGUGAGUCACAUUCCAGGCCUCCGGGGCUGUGCCUCUUCACCACUAUUCCCUCUCAUGAGUGGUUUAUAAAGUCAUGUAUCACCAUCAUGACUCAUUGCUUGUCACUUUUUCUGGAAGAAAGAUUAAGCGGUGUGGACAAAUGGCUGGAAUUUCAGAACAAUACCAAUAUUUCCAAGGAGACUUCAUGGAUAAUGUCUUCCGCUUGGUAGUGGCCUUCCAGAUGUUGCUGUGUGGCCAAUGUCGUUUUUUUUGUAUUUAAAUGUCUGAACCUUUUCCUGAUGUGUCUGGUGACUGGCAGGCUUUUGUUUGCCAAAAUAAGAGAUUGAAACUAGAGUUCCUUUUCAUGCAGUAAAAAAGAAAACAAAGUCGGAUAAACAACAUAGUCAUGUUUUUCUCUUGCAUAUUUUGACAAAAUGAAUGAGGCUGGAAAGUUUUUAGCGCUCACUGAUUGUAUUAUGACAUGAGACGAUCAUAUUUCAUUCCUCAUGUGCUUUGUUAUGUUUGCAUGUUUGUGGUUUUUGCUGGUCCAUCAAAAUCUUACAGUGAGCAGAGCAAGAACUAAACCAUCAUGAGCACCGAGAUCCAAAGCAAAACUUCCCAAGUCAUCUUAUCCCACUUGCGCACCCUAGCACAGUCCCUGUCAUCCUUUGCCAAAUAAGCAUAGUCAGUUUUUAAAUUCGAUUAAAAGACUAUGGAAGACAGGACCGACAAAAACCACAGAGAGACCUGACUGGUGGCUCUCUAGCUUUUUAUCUGCCUUUUGCUGUUAUUACAUUUUGUAAAGCACAUUACGAUUUAUUUAAAUAGAAUACAAGAUAAACACACAGUUUCGAGGGGCACAUCAAACUAGCAUAGCAGUGAGUGUGCUGACAGGCAUGUCAUGCUAGCUAGUGGUUACGCUCCUCUGGCUGCGGUGGUAUGUUUGGUUUGUCAUUCUUCCAAAAGUGUCUCUCCUCCGCUCUUUUCUAUGUGUCAGCCACCAUCCUCCCCAAACUCUUUUUAACCCAUUUUGCAUGUUGAGUAUUCAGUGUUUUAGAUCAGUGACAGCACAGAAUGAGGAUGCCAAAAACUGCUCAGUGGCGUUACUGUACUGCACUGUAGUUCUUGUUUUCACGUCUCCUGAGAAUGUAUGUCAAACUGUGAAGAACACACUCACACCAGUGUAUGGGGUGAUUGUAAGUGUUUUUAUGAAAUAAUGUCACCAAGCCUGAGAAUGUGGACACCAUGACAGUUAUUAUAAACUAUGAAGAGGCCUAGUUCUCGUUCAAAUGAUGGUGAAUCUUCAUGCCAUGCAUCUGUCUAUCUCAUUAUGACAUUUUCAUUUUCUAAUCCAAAAAACAACUCAUAACCAAAAUAAAGUUAUCGCCCACCAUGAUUUCUGGUGUGUUAAAGAAGAAGGACAAGAAAAAAGUUUUGAUAGCGCUAUGCCCAAGGGCACAAUUCCCACUGUUGGAAUUUCAAAAUUUACAAAAAUGCAGAACCAAACAGUUAAUUAUUUGCAUGUUGGCCUGUGUGACAGGUGGUGUUAAAACCACACCAGUCUCCUCACCAUGGCAUGUGAGUGUGGUAUGACACGUUAUGAUGGAUGGUCAAAAUACGUGCCCGUGAGGCCUCUAUGGCACUCCACUCCUUAACUUCCAAGCACACUCAUGGAGGCACUGCAGCGUCCAUGAAUAUCUUUUAGAUUUGUCAACGUAGAGUUGAUCCUUCUUUUCUGCCCAUUGGCUCUCUGUUUUCCUCGUCUUAAGUGCCCACCCUGAAGGUUGGAAUAAGAAGUAAGAGUGAGCCAGCUGUUGUUUGGAAAUGGAAGCUUAAUCUUAUGAAAGGUAUUUAGUGAGCUUCAUACGGAGAGCCUUCCUGUUGUUUUAUGUUAACAAGCCCAGCAGCCCCCCCCCCCCCUCGCAGCCUUUAUGGCAUUCACAGGUGUGUGUGUGUGAGUGUGUGUGUGUGUGUGUGUGUGUGAUUAACCCUACCUAAAUAAACAAGUGAUAUGCACAUGAACUGAACGUACAGAGAGAUGAGACGGCUCUCAUGUGAAGGCAGACUUUUUGGGGGUGACAAAGUUUCUCAGUUCUGCCACUGUUUAAGGUUUGUCUGAACAGCCUAUGAUGAAGAAUUAUCACUUACAUUUUUUAGUCUGAUUCCCACUUUUUUCCUGUUUCACUUCCAUCUUGCCUUGUUUAAUAAGUUUUGACACAUUUUUAUAAUGUUGUAAAUAUGUACUGAACUGCCUCUGCCAUUUAUGUUGUCUUUUGUAAAGCGUCACUUGGCCUGGGAUGACUCACGUGUAUGGAUGUACAAACCAGAUGAUGUUAUAUGGAUGUAGAAACCAGAAACAUAUGCUUUUGUGAUCACAACCAGAAGAUGUGGUUCAGAUGUUACACAGAAUGUAUUCCUUUUGGUUUUAUGUUGUUUCCACACAACAACCGCCCAAUUGUAAAUGACUUUGAGGAAAAUUGAGUAAAAAUGUGACACGGGCUGAUUGGACCCUCUGCUUUUCCCACUGAGGUACAGACAGAAACUGACACAACAACUCAAUGCUUUCUGUUACAUUACUGUCCUGGGAAUAAUGCUGCACUCAUGCAAAAAUUGCCCACCUACCUUUCUUGGGGAACCAAGGGAAUCUUCCCUCAUUUCAGUCCUGCUCUUUACUUCUGUUAUAUUAAAGUCCUUGUACAUUUUCCUCUGAGGCAAUGAACCACUGACUUUUUAAUCUAAAUGAUAAAAAAAUAAAUUAUUAGUUAAUGA